GUGACCGUCACAGCCAAUCAGCGCAGGCCUUCUAACAUGCAGAAAAAACUGAAGUUGUUGUCCUAUUUCCUCGACCGACAAUGUCUGAGUGCGCCAUGGAGAGCUCGUCAGUGUACAUGUGCUUCCCCUGCUACCAGGAGUUCAACACCCUGGAAGAGGUGCUUGAGCACCAGUUGACGUGCACCGCUGAGGAUGAACAGCUGGAAGCACCUGGAACCACCCCUGUCAAUGUUCCUCUGCUACAGACUCGGCAACAAGUCAUAAAUAUAUCACGGGCAAUUGCGGGCCAACAGAUUGAGGUCCAAGCAGAACAAUCCUUGGUGCAACCUGUUCUCAAGCAGGCUGCAGUCACCGCAAAUGUAGCAUCAGACCAGCCCAGAAUCCUCUACCAGUGUGGGGACUGUGAUGAACUUUUCAAGAGCCUGGACCUUUGGCAGCAACACCGUAAAGAAGAGAUAUGUCAGCAGCCUGCCUCUGAGAGGAAGUCAAGCCCUGAUUCACAACCUGAGCCAGAGACCGCUUCAGCCCAGAGCUCCAAUUUAGCUUUAAAUCCAGAUGAUUCUGCCCUCUCGAAGAGUGAAACUAGUGAAAAUCUUCAACCCGAACAAGUGGAGGAUCCAGUAGCAGAGGAAGAGACGCAGCAAGUUGCAGAGAGCUCUUCAGCUCAGAGCGCUGAUCCUCCUGUUUCUGAGUCGGCGGCCGCAAAUCAAGAGGAUUGGUCUCCCAGGAGGAGAGGAGCAAACAAAAAGCCCAAGCCUGAACCCGUGCUCCUGUGUGUGGACUGUGGCUCAUGCUUUGGCCUGGUGUCUGAACUAGUCGCCCACCGCAAGACCCAGCACGGCUUUGAGGAAGCUCUGCACCGCUGCUCCGUGUGCGGGGAAAGCUUUCUUAACACCACACUUUUUCUUUACCACCGCAAGCAACACCGGCAGAAAGGCGAGGAAAGGGUGGUGGAAGUUCACGAAGAGACAUCGGAGCAAGUUUGUACUCAGACCAACGGGACCGAAGAGCCGAGCCAAGAGGCCACUCCCUCCCCGACCGGUGUGACCUCCAGUUUCACACAGCCUGAGCUGUUCAUGUGCACCCAGUGUGGGGAGAGCUUCAGCGAUGAGGGAGGGCUGGUCACCCACCGAAAGCAGAAGCAUGGCCUACAGGAGCCACUGCACAGUUGCCCUCACUGUGACGAGAGCUUCAUGAACACCACCCAGUACCUGUACCAUCGCCGGCAGCACCGCUUCACAGCAGGGACAGAGGUGGUCGAUGUAGCUGAAACUGGUGAGGAAGCAGCAGCCGCCGCUACACCUCAGGAUGCCUCGCAGAGCGCAAAGCGGCUUCUUUCCCCGACCACCAGUGCUAGUGAAGCAGGUUCACCGCUACCGAAGAGAAGUAAGCCCUCUUUCAGGAUCCUGAGCGGAAGUAGCGCUGGAAUCAAGGGCAUCAAAGAGGAAUCAGAGUGCAGCACUGCAGCAGACUCGGACAACACCAACCACCCUCCACCUGCCAAGCUGCUGCAGGACUGGGCCCGCACACCACUACCACAUGUUUGCCCCUACUGUGGCAAAACGUUCACCCGCCGCGUCUUCCUCCGCACCCACGUCUUCAGCCACACCGGAGAAAAGCUCUUCACGUGCAAGGUUUGCACGAAGUCCUUCACUAACUCCCAGAGCCUGCUUCGCCACAGCAUGAGCCACACGGGCAACAAGCCCUACAGCUGCGACGUUUGUGGCAAAAACUUCUCCCAGGCGGCCACCCUGAAGAGACACCAACGCAUCCACACGUCAACUCUGCCUCGACGCAAGCGUGGACGCAAACCGGUGUGUACUUUGGACAAUGAGGGAGCUGCUCAUCUCUACGCUUGUCCUAACUGCCCGUCACGGUUCAACACGGAGGAUCAGCUCAACGAUCACAAACUGCUCCACACCAGCCAUCCAUUCCCUUGCGCCGAAUGUGGAGAGGCCUUCAAACGCCGGAGAGAACUGGAUCUGCACUCGCUCACGCACCAAGACAAGCAGCCGGCGACGUGUCACCACUGCUCAACCCAGUUUGUGAACCAGUCAGUGCUGGAGAUCCACAUGCAGCGUUGCCCUUCCACAGAGGAGGACAAGAACACUGGUCGUGGACGGGGUCAGGGCCGAGGACGAUGCACCGGACAGGUUGAGUGUGACCUAUGCGGCCACCGAUGCAUGACCCAGGAGGGCCUCGACCUCCAUCGGUUAUCCCACACGGGCCAGACCCCCCUCAAAUGCCCAGUGAGGCCUUGCCGCCGCCGAUUUACCUCCAACAGUACCCUGGAGGAGCAUGUGCUGGCCCAUUUCCAAGGCAGACUCAGCAAGUCCAAAAACCGACCCCGCUUCCGCUGUCAGAUUUGCCACAAGGAGUUUUCCUACAAUUCCACCUUUAAUGUUCACAUGAGGACACAUACUGAUGAGAGGCCCUUCGAGUGCGCCACCUGUUUCAAGCGCUUCCGCCAGCUGCCCCAUCUGCAGGACCACGAGCGCAUCCACAGCGGCCUGCGCCCUUUCUGCUGCUGGAUUUGCGGCAAGAGUUUCAGCGUGGCCGCCCGGCUCACCGAGCACGCCCGCACCCACAGCGGGGAGAAACCCUACCCAUGCCCCCACUGCCCAGCUGCCUUCAGAUCUCGCUCCAACCUGGAUAAACACAUCCGGCUGCACGGAGACCUGCCUCUGGAGAGCGCCGAGCAGGCGGCACAGGAAGCCGAGGCCGCACAUGUACAGAAGGUGCUGGAGGGGGCCAAGGUGCUGUCUUCUCUGGCCACCACAGGGGACCUUGAGUCCGGCUCAGUGCAGACCAUCUACGUACUGCAGGGGGCCGAAGGAGGCACCGAGACGGUCAUGAUCCCGUCGGAUCAGUUCGCCGGCAUGGACGGCACCUCGCAGGUCGUCAUCCUGCCCUCGUCUGUUCUGAACGCUCAGGGCAUUAGUGUUCCCACCAUCACCAUGGACGGAAAUGAAAUCACCAUGGUGGAGACGAACCAGUCACAGGAGCAUGCCAUUGAGUUCAUUGUGGAGGAGACGGUAUAAAUGGAAACGGCAAAACAGCAGAGAAAAACUAAAGAGACUAAAUGCGAAUAUAGACAGUUGGAGUUAAAAGUUUGAUAAUUGAAGCAUAUUGAGUUAUUACCUUUUUAUAUAUAU